GCAGGCUCGCGGCGCCGGCGCUUCCGGGUUGGCAGCCGCGGCGGCCGCGGGGGCGCAGGGGCCCCAGCCCGGGCGGCGCAGGAACCCCGGCGGGGGGUUCUGCGGAGCGGGGCGCCAGGGCGGGCCCGGCGCCAGUGCGCCCGCCAGGCCGCGGGGUGGGCCGGGCGCCGCGAGAGACAAAAUGGCUAAUGCGUGAAAUCGAGACACUAGUUUCCAUUCUGGUCUGCGUGCAACUGUGGAAAGUUAGUGCCGGGGAAGGACUUUCAAGAUGCUUGAUUGCCGUUCCUUCAUUUUACAGAGGAGAAAGCAGACCCCGAGAAGUAACAUGGAUGUUGGAAAUUCACCCAACUAGGUCAUGGUAUAACAAGGGCUUCGGGCUUCUUGGCCUCUAAAGAAAAUGGCAGAAACGUCAUCGGAGCCUUCUGGGCAGCUCGUUGUACACUCAGACACUCACAGUGACACUGUUCUGGCCAGUUUUGAGGCUCAGCGGAAGAAGGGCUUCCUCUGUGACAUUACGUUAAUCGUGGAGAAUGUGCAUUUCCGGGCUCACAAAGCCUUACUCGCUGCCAGUAGUGAAUACUUCUCAGUGAUGUUUGCUGAAGAGGGGGAGAUCGGCCAGUCCAUUUAUAUGCUGGAAGGCAUGGUUGCCGACACAUUUGGUAUCCUGCUGGAGUUUAUCUACACCGGUUGUCUCCAGGCCAGUGAGAAAAGCGCAGAACAAAUCCUGGCCACCGCUCAGUUCUUAAAGGUCUAUGACCUGGUAAAGGCUUACACGGAUUUUCAAAAUAAUCAUAGCCCCCCAAAGCCAAUGACUCUGAACACUGCUGGCGCUCCAGUGGUGGUGAUUUCUAAUAAGAAAAAUGAUCCUCCGAAACGGAAGCGGGGAAGACCGAGAAAAGUGAACAGUGUGCAGGAGGGGAAAUCACAGCUGGCUGCAGAGGAAGAAAUACAGCUGAGAGUAAACAAUUCAGUUCAAAAUAGACAUAACUUUGUAGCGAAAGAGGGAGACAAUGUCGUACUGAAUGAACAGAUUCCAGCGAAAGAAAUGGAAGAGGCUGAGCCUGCCUCUGAGCCACAUAGAGGGGAGGAAACGCCAGCUGAAAAAGAUGAGAACUGUGAUCCCAAGACCCAGGAUGGGCAGGACAGCCAGAGUCGGUACAGCAAGCGGAGGAUUCGGAGGUCCGUCAAACUUAAAGAUUACAAACUUGUCGGGGAUGAAGACGAGCAGAGUUCAGCCAAAAGGGUCUGUGGAAAGAGAAAGCGCCCGGGGGGCCCUGAGGCCUGUUGUAAGGACUGUGGCAAAGUGUUUAAGUACAAUCACUUUUUGGCAAUCCACCAGAGGAGCCACACGGGGGAGCGACCUUUCAAAUGUAAUGAGUGCGGGAAAGGCUUUGCUCAGAAGCAUUCCCUGCAGGUCCACGCCCGGAUGCACACAGGCGAGCGGCCCUACACCUGCACCGUGUGCAGCAAGGCUCUCACCACCAAGCACUCGCUGCUGGAGCACAUGAGCCUGCAUUCAGGACAGAAGUCUUUCACCUGUGAUCAGUGUGGAAAAUAUUUCAGCCAGAAAAGGCAACUAAAGAGCCAUUACCGAGUUCAUACAGGCCACGCGUUACCGGAAUGCAACCACUGCCGUCGCAAAUUCAUGGAUGUGUCUCAGCUAAAGAAGCAUCUACGAACACACACAGGUGAGAAGCCAUUUACUUGUGAAAUCUGUGGCAAAUCUUUCACAGCAAAGAGUUCUCUUCAGACCCACAUCAGAAUCCAUAGAGGAGAGAAGCCCUACUCCUGUGGCAUAUGUGGCAAAUCGUUCUCAGACUCCAGUGCCAAGCGGAGACACUGCAUUCUGCACACGGGCAAAAAGCCCUUCUCAUGCCCCGAGUGCAACUUACAGUUCGCUCGCUUGGACAACUUGAAGGCCCACUUGAAAAUCCACAGCAAAGAGAAGCCCGCGCCGGACGCCAGCGGCGUGUCCGGCAGCCCUGACACCCAGGAGGUCAGGAGUAUUCUUCAGCUGCAGCCCUAUCAGCUCUCUGCCUCUGGCGAGCAGGAAAUUCAGCUUCUCGUCACCAAUUCUGUACAUAACAUCAACUUCAUGCCCGGCCCCAGCCAAGGACUCAGCAUCGUCACUGCGGAGAGCUCGCAGAACUUGGCGGCCGCGCAGGCUGCCGACCUCGCCCUGCUCACGCAGCAGCCCCAGCAACUGCAGAACUUCAUCCUCGCCGCCCCUCAGGGCCAGACGGAGCACAUUCAGGGCCUCGACAUGAUCGAAAGCCAGAUGGAGCCCGCACAGCCCGAGCCCGUGCACGUCAUCACGCUCUCCAAGGAAACCCUGGAACACCUUCACGCCCAGCAGGAGCAAACCGGCGAGCUCCAGUUAGCAGGUGCUCCGGGUCCCGCUCAACACCUGCAGCUGCCGCCCGCGCCGGCCCCGCCCCCGCCCCCGCCCCCGGCCGCCCCCCACGGGCCCCCGGCCGCCCCGCUGAGCCCCGGGCAGAGCUGACCUGGACGCGCCUUGCGGCCUCCUCUCCUCCGCUCGAGCCAGCUGCGCGCUGCGAGGCAGGCUUUCGGAGACGCUCGGCUCGCAAACAGCCUCUGGACGGGUGAGGGCGAGCGGGCAGGCCUCGCGCUUUGCAUCCAGGCCCCGAGGUGCGCGCGUCCUGCCUCGCGUGCAGUCCCGGUGGGGAUUUAGCAUUCGGUACUGAUGAACGGUUUUCAUUUUCCUCUACGACCUCUCCGAAAGUCUUGGGUCAUCUUGCUUUGGGGGCAUUGAAUGAGACUUCUCUAAGCCUUGAAUGUCCAGGCCACAGGUCUUGCUGACCUUUCCAGUUAUGUUCUGUAGAACAAAGGAAGCCCUAUAUUGGUUGAGUUGGGUAGAGUGGUUUGUUCCACUUUAUUUUUCGUACGCAACACAAUUGCUUCUACAAGAUAAGUCACGGCUGAAUGUGAUAGAGGACAACCUUGGAGAGUCUGUCCUUUUAAUAUCUUCUAAGCCCCGAAGACCGAGUCACUGUCAACAUUUAAUCUCUGUGUGGUACAGUGGGCUCUUUGUGUCCUAUUUAAGGUAGAUUCAAAAACAUAUAAACUAAAAGUGUAUUUUAACUCAAAAUGAAUAUAAUAAAGUCUACAAA